CGGAAAGACUGCCGAGUGAAGUUUCGCAGCGCUUGCUUGAGACAAAUACGUGUUCUUAACUGCAGUCCUCUAACAAAGUAUGCCGUGAUGGAGGGCAGCAGAGAGCAAGGUGUGGAUUCAUCUCAAAGUGCCACAGAAGAUGACAUGACAGAGGGGGAUUUAGGGGAUGGCAUGGGAGCCAGAUCCAUAGGACAUCAUGACAAAGACCGUGUCCCACAUAUAAAAAGCAGGGGGAAAUUUCUGGACUUUCUAUCCCAGUCACGGGCACUCAAAAGAGGCAGCGAGGGAAACAACGAGCCCUUCUCUUGGAUAUCUUGCAGAGCCAUGUAUGCUGCUUUUCGGGAAGAACUGGAGGUUGAACGAGCUGAAAGGUGGCAGAAAAGACAAUCUGAAAGUUCUUCUGAGGACACAAGUGAGGAACUGCAAAGAAGACUACAGGAGGUCACUGAGGAAGUGGAGCUUUUACGCACCGAAUUGGAAGUCACCCAUCGCCACCUGGAGGGGAAACAUGAGGCUCUUAGGAUCUUACAAGGACAGGCAAUCUUGGACAAAGCAACAAGUCAUACUAAAAUCUUACUUCAGAAAAGCGAGGAGAGGACCAAGACCUUAGAAAAGGAAGUUAAUGCUUUGCAGUGGGAAAUAACCUUUAACCAGGUGCAGUUCAAAAAUGUGGAAAACUCAUGGAGUUUAAAAUAUGAAAGGGUGUUAGCAGACAACGAAGCACUAAAGAAAGGACUAGAAGGAAUGAUGACCGAACAUCGGGAAUUAAGAGCAGAAAACUCAUCUAUGAGCCAAAAAUGUCUGGAGCUCCUCUCAAUGCUUAGCGUUAAAGAAAGAAGAGAUUUCCAGAGGACCCAGCCUCCAUGCACCUUGGGAACAGAUGGUUCAUCUUUGGAGAUGGCAGUGUAUGGGGCAUGCCAGUGUAACCCUAAUGGCUGUGAGCCGUGCUCUUGUGCUAGAAGUGCUGCUGCCAGUCGCAAACAAGUUCUUCACAUCACGCAAGAGCUGGAGCAGCAGCAGAAGAGGAAGGAUGAGGCUUAUGUUAUGAUGGAUGCUUUCCGUAUCGCAUUUGAGCAGCAGCUAAAGCGAGUCGGUGAGAAUGUUCUUCGUCAGGCUGAGACCGACAGACAGCAGCCUUACAACCAAAGACAUGAGCAAGGGAAACAAGGAUCACUAAGCGUAGCUGAAAGACUGAAAAAAAUUCUGCCUACUGUUAGAGAAGGAAAGAUGCCAACUGACUCUAAUGAAACACUACAUUUGGUGCUUGAUCUGUUAAAUGACAAAGAGGAGGCUUUGGCACAUCAGAGGAAGGUAAGCUACAUGUUGGCGCGAAACACAGAGGACUUGGAAAGACGUCUGAAGAUGCAGCUAGAAGAGCUGGAAAUAUCACACAGAGACACUAACUCGAAAACAAAGGCUUUUGAAAAGAGUGAAUGCAGCAGAGACAGAGACUGUAGAUUCUCUUCAGAUACCUGUGGAUCACAACACCCAUCUCUCCCUGACAGCCUUGAUGCUUAUGAUGUUCUGAGCUCCAAACCAAACCAACCAUCCACUGAAAUGAGAGAAACUAAACCUGACAAUAGAGAUGUUUAAAGACAUGAGAUCACUAUCCAUGCUGUUUUAUUUUAUUUUAAAGUAUUUUAAAAAGCCAUAAUUAUCCAUUUAAGUGCUAUAGCAUAGGAUAACUUUGAAUAUCAGAGGUCUGAGGAUUAUAUUAUUGGAAAACCGAAUCCUUUGCAACAAGUUCUAAGAUACAUUAUACACAGCAAAAUGGAUUAAAAAUAUCUGUAAUUCAAAAUAAAUUAUAACUAUACUUGAGAAAAUGAAAUCGUUAAGACUUUUUACAAAACAUGCCCGAUGAUGGAUACUUUAAAGUAUAAAGCUGAUCUGAGAUUGCCCAGAGUAUGCACAGCUAAAGAUGCAUACUGUGACUACAAUCUAUCUAAUAGAUAAUAAUCUUAUAUACGUUUU